AUGAUCUUCCUGUUUCUUCAAUAUCGUGUAGCAGCUAUCUUCUCAGGGAUAGAUGAUCUUCCUGUUUCCUCAAUUUGUACAGCAGCAAUCUUCUCAGGGAGAGAUGAUAUUCCUGUUACCUCAAUUUGUAUAGCAGCUAUCUUCUCAGGGAGAGAUUAUCUUCCUGUUUCCUUAAUUUCGUGUAGCAGCUGUCUUCACAGGGAGAGAUCAUAUUCAUUUUUUCCUCAAUUUGUAUAUCAGCUAUCUUCUCAGGGAGAGAUGAUAUUCCUUUUUUCCUCAAUUUGUAUAUCAGCUAUCUUCUCAGGGAGUGAUGAUAUUCCUGUUACCUCAAUUCGUAUAGCAGCUAUCUUUUCAGGGAGUGAUGAUAUUCUUGUUUCCUCAAUUUGUAUAGCAGCUAUCUUCUUAGUGAGUGAUGAUAUUCCUGUUUCCUCAAUUUGUAUAGCAGCUAUCUUCUCAAGGAGAGAUGAUAUUACUGUUACCUCAAUUUGUAUAGCAGCUAACUUCUCAGGGAGAGAUGAUCUUCCUGUUUCCUCAAUUUGUAUAGCAGCUAUCUUCUCAGGGAGUGAUGAUAUUCCUGUUACCUCAAUUUGUAUGGCAGCUAUCUUCUCAGGGAGUGAUGAUCUUCCUGUUACCUCAAUUUGUAUAGCAACUAUCUUCUCAGGGAUUGAUGAUAUUCCUCAGCUAUCUUCUCAGGGAGAGAUGAUAUUCCUUUUUUCCUCAAUUCGUAUAGCAGCUAUCUUCUCAAGGAGUGAUGAUAUACUUGUUUCCUCAAUUUGUAUAGCAGCUAUCUUCUUAGGGAGUGAUGAUAUUCCUGUUUCCUCAAUUUGUAUAGCAGCUAUAUACUCAGGGAGAGAUGAUAUACCUGUUACCUCAAUUAGUAUAGCAGCUAUCUUCCCAGGGAGAAAUUAUCUUCCUGUUUCCUCAAUUUGUAUAGCAGCUAUCUUCUCAGGGAGAGAUGAUAUUCCUGUUUCCUCAAUUUCGUGUAGCAGCAGCUAUUUCUCCGGGAGAGAUGAUAUUCCUGUUUUCUCAAUUCGGAUAGCAGCUAUCUUCUCUGGGAGAGAUGAUCUUCCUGUUUCCUCAAUUUCGUUUAGUACAGCUAUCUUCUCAGGGAGAGAUGAUCUUCCUGUUUCCUCAAUUUGUAUAGCAGCUAUCUUCUUAGUGAGUGAUGAUAUUCCUGUUUCCUCAAUUUGUAUAGCAGCUAUCUUCUCAGGGAGAGAUGAUAUUACCGUUACCUCAAUUUCAGCUAUCUUCUCAGGGAGAGAUGAUAUUCCUGUUUUCUCAAUUCGUAGAGCAGCUAUCUUCUCAAGGAGAGAUGAUAUUCCUGUUUCCACAAUUCGUAGAGCAGUUAUCUUCUCAGGGAGAGAUGACCUUCCUCAGCUAUCUUCUCAGGGAGAGAUGAUAUUCCUUUUUUCCUCAAUUCGUAUAGAAGCUAUCUUCUCAGGGAGUGAUGAUAUUCAUGUUUCCUCAAUUUGUAUAGCAGCUAUCUUCUUAGGGAGUGAUGAUAUUCCUGUUUCCUCAAUUUGUAUAGCAGCUAUCUUCUCAGGGAGAGAUGAUAUUCCUGUUACCUCAAUUUGUAUAGCAGCUAUCAUCCCAGGGAGAAAUUAUCUUCCUGUUUCCUCAAUUUGUAUAGCAGCUAUCUUCUCAGGGAGAGAAGAAAUUCCUGUUUCCUCAAUUUCGUGUAGCAGCAGCUAUUUCUCCGGGAGAGAUGAUAUUCCUGUUUUCUCAAUUCGGAUAGCAGCUAUCUUCUCUGGGAGAGAUGAUCUUCCUCAGCUAUCUUCUCAGGGAGAGAUGAUAUUCCUUUUUUCCUCAAUUCGUAUAGCAGCUAUCUUCUCAAGGAGUGAUGAUAUACUUGUUUCCUCAAUUUGUAUAGCAGCUAUCUUCUUAGGGAGUGAUGAUAUUGCUGUUUCCUCAAUUUGUAUAGCAGCUAUCUUCUCAGGGAGAGAUGAUAUUCCUUUUUUCCACAAUUCGUAUAGCAGCUAUCUUCUCAGGGAGAGAUGA